GUUCACUGCAGAGUGGAAAAGAAGACAUAGUGAUAAUAAAAGAUGGAACUAAAAUGCAGAACACAUCUGUCAGUGGAGUAGAAAGGGGGAACAUUUCAGUAUUCCAAAAUGAAAAGGAAACCAUGGCACCUGGAACUGAAGAUCACGUGAAGAAGAAAUCUUCUGAUGAUGACAUAGUUAUUAUUAGUCACAAAAUCGUGCCUCGAAGAAUAUCACCGGGUGCUGCAGAAAGAUUAAAAAAUGAAGCAAAAAAGUUACAUCAAGAACGGUACAAGAAACGUGUAAGUAGGGUACCAGAUUUGUCAGCUUGCAAUGACACAACAGCAAAAGCAGCUAUGUGCCUACCAGUACAACAUAAGAGCCAUCAUAGCCGUAAUAAUACUGGCCUCUCAAGUAGUAUCUGCCAGAAUACAGUGAUCUAUAAUAAUACUACAACAUUUUCUUCAGAGGAUAUUAAAAUUAUAACCAAUAGUGAAAUUUCAAAACCAGAAAAUAAACAGAAGAUUCUUUUGAAUACAGUAAAAGCAGUUACCAUCAGAGAGGUGGUAUUAGAAGACCCAAGCAUUUUGUUGAAGAACACAAGCCAAGAUGUACGACUGAUCUCAGGAAAAAGUAGUGCUUGCAACUCUACUACUACAGGCAAAAAUGAAAUUCCACAAGCUGCAACAUCAGGCAAGAGAAAUAAGUCUGCAUUGUCUUCAGGUCAUAAACUUACCCUCUCCAGACCAAAGUCCUCACAAAAGAAGAAUGAAAAGGAAGGUAUAGUACCUACAAGAACAAAUUUAAACAAUAUAAAGAACAACAGGCAGUCUGGAUUGUAUUUUGAACAUUCUGUAGGUUCACCAUCUAAAAUGCUUGCAGGAGAGAUUGAAACCAAUAAGGACAAUAGUGUAAUUAAACCUUCAGAAAAUUCUGUUUCGCAGUGUGUAAUAUCAUGUUCACUGUCACAUAUGGAGAAGGAGAGAAAUGCCCAGUCUGAACUGGAAGAAAACAUUAGUUUCAAGCAACCAAAUAUAUCUAUUUGUGAACUUUCUGCAGUCUUACAGAAAAAGCCUUGGUUAAAGGUGUCACGAAGCAAGCAAGAAUGUAAUACUAACUCUUCUUCAGACUUUAUUGCAUUAAAGCCUGCAGCAAACAUGAAUCAAGAGAAACCUAGGAGACCAACGCAUGUUCUCAAUGUUACAGAUACAUUCACAACACUAAUCACAGAAAAGGAAUCUGUUACAUUACCAUCAGAUGUGUGUAACACUGUGCUGUCACACAAGGAGGCUAAUACUGUGAAAGGACCCAUUGCAGAGUGCGAGCCUCAUAGCAGCAAGGGCUGCUUAUCCUUAUGCAUGAGAGGAGACUCUGUAAAAUGUAAUUUUUCAAAGAGCAUUGAAGUUCCCUCAACAUCAACAUCAGACAAACAAACUGCAGUUCUGUAUAGUGAUUCAUCAUUGGAAAGAAGGAAGACAACACAGAAUGAAGCAUCACCUCCACCAGAUACGAAGGUGAAAUUGACAGUGGAUCAACUGCAUAAGUAUAUUGCAGCAUUAUUCAUGGAUGUUAAGAGCAAUGAAAACGAGCCUUGUAGCCACUCAUCAGACAAAGAAAUUGAAACAAAUUUGACUUCCACAAUUAAUAACGCAUCAGUGCACAGUCCAGAUGUAAUGUCUGAAAGUAGACGUGUCACUACUAGUGUCUCAGUUACUUGUAAAGGAGGUGAGUCUGCAACACAUGAUCAGAGUGUCCAUGGUUUGUUGUUAUGUUCAGGUUUCAGAAGUGAAGGGAAAGAAGCUGGUAUUUCGCCAGAAGUGAAGCGGAAGAAAAAAUCAAGUUGCACCUCUACAAAUGGUACUGUGUCUUCCUCAGGUAGUUCUGUUGCUUGUAUAGGAAGUACAUCUGCUACACAUAAACAGAGCUCUACAGCUCUGUGUCAUGCACAAGAAGAUGUGAUGGAACCUGUUAUAACCAUCACUGAGUCAGAGACAACCCAUCCUCAGUCAGAAAAUUUUAAACUGUCGCAAGAAAUCUCUAAACAUCCCAGUAAAUUCUCACUGACUAAACAUAACAGUUUUGAGAUCCUGAUGGCUGGACAGAAGACUCCACAAAAGAGAUCACCAACCAAGAAACUGAGCAAAAGUUCGCCUAUAAGAUAUAUGAUAAAUAACCGUUCACCACAUAGUGGGAGGUACAGAACCACAUCUCCAAAUAAACCUGAUGUGAAUAGAACGUUGAAAUUUGGCAGUUGUAACACUGAGACAAAGUCAGGUUCUCUUCCAUCAACCGAGCCAAAAAAUCAGAGCUCAGUAUCUGAAUUUUCCUUCUCAAAGGAAUAUGUUUCCUAUUUUGAGGCUAUAAUUGCUGAAGUUUUGAAGGACAGAGACAUGUUAUGUCUUAUCAGUGAGGAGGAACUGAAGAUAGUAACCAGCUUUUGGAAACUGGAGACUCAGGUGAAGAAACUCUACAUCCGAAUGUUGAGCAGGAAAUAUACCUGGCACCGUGUAUCAGAUAUCAAAUAUGAGGAUAUUAACGUGCCUGCAGCUUUCAUUGAACUUGAAGUGUUGGGCUUAGUUAUGUCAGAUUAUAACUCUGAAGAAUUAGAAGUCCUUCUAUACAUGCUGAAAGUUCCCGAGCUAAGGUCAUUGUGUCGAACUUUUCGCAUUCCAUCAACUAUGCAGCCCAAGCCAAAACUGAUUCAAGUUUUAUUAGAAUAUGGGAAAAGUCAACAAAUCAUGAGUGGGAAUAAAAGAGGUGAUUCUAUAUCCAUUAUUAAAAGCAGACUGAGGGAGGUCCUUGGCCACUGCAUCAAAGUCUGUGCAGAGGGAAGGGAGGUCUUCCACCAUAUUCUCCUUCUCUUCUCCCUGCCUCACCAGAAUGAUGAGGAAGACAGAGAAAGCUCAAAGCAGCUUCUGUUGUUACAUUAUGUUAAGACAAGAAGAGUAGAAUUUCCUACGUAUGUAGUUCUUAAAACUAGGCCAAUUUUCUCUUCAAGAGAAGAUUUGAUCAGAUUUGAAAAGGCAACUGAUUUACUGAUUGAUUUGAUGAAAGCUUUGACUACCAAAAGCUGGGAUGAAGCUCGGGUGUAUGGCCAGUUUGCUCGAGAGCAUUUCAGAACAGUGCUAGAGGAUUCUGCAGGAAAUGACCAUGCCAAAUCAUUGCCACUCUUCAUUAGACGAUACACUUCUGGCUCAGUGUAUGCCUAUGCUAUGACAAAGGCCCUUGAAGCUUUUAAGAAGUGCAAAGAUCAAUUAUCUGAAUGUGUGAUCAUACUGGAAGAACUUCUCUGCCAAGAUAUCUACCUGCCUCAUUAUCGAGGCAGAUGGUAUGAUCAGUUAGCUCUGGUUCUGCAAGUACAUCUUAAGAAAUGUGAUCAGGCAGCUGCAGCAGUAAUUGAAGCAAUGAAAGAUAACCACCUGAGUGACGUUGAUCAGCAGACACUUUCCUCUCGUGGUACUCUUCUAUUACGCAGAAGAGGAAUCAAUAGAGAAAUGAAACUGAAGCUUGUGGAAAAUAUAAAACAACCACUGAGAGAGCCACCAUCUGUAACAAUAAAGGCAAAAUCGUUGCAGAUAAAUGCUCCUGGGAGAAAGCAGGUGUAUAUCCAGGAGAAUGCAGAUAAACAAGAAAUUACAUACUCAUCAGUGGAAGAAUAUGCCAUAUCCCAUUAUAAAUCUGAAGGUUAUAUAGUAGGUAUACACGAUGAAGGAAGUGCUGUAAAUAGUCUCUUUGGGCUGAUAUUUUGGGAUGUUAUAUAUGAACAGCCUGUUGCAGAUGUAUUUCGAAGUUCUUAUCAACGAGAACCUUUGGAUUUGAGAUCAGUGGAAUUUUACAGAAAUAGGAAAGAAAAAAUAGAUGAGAGACUUCAAGAUUUGUGCCAUUGGGAUAUGAAAUGUGUGAAAGAUUAUAUGGAGAAAAUUUUCAAAGAACAUGAAGGAAAGGAAUCUGUUGUCAACUGGCAAAGAUUUCAGAACCUGCAGCAGAUUGUUGACCUGAUUAAUUGUAUAGGUGUGCAAGUAUUGUCCAAAAUACUAGAAAGACUAGUAAAAAACUACCGAGUAUUUUGCAGUGGUUUCCCCGACCUCCUGGUAUGGAAUCCAGUCACUUUUAAGUAUAAAUUUGUGGAAGUGAAGGGUCCAGGUGACCGAUUAUCCAUUGCACAACAUAUGUGGCUUAACUACCUCACCAGCUGCAAUGCAAAGGCAGAAGUAUGUUUUGUAGAAACAACAGGUGCAAGGAUGCUGAAAAGAAAAAUUAAAGAUGUACCUGCCGGUGAAGAUGUGUGAUUUUCAUGCUUAUAUUAGGAAAACCAGUGCAGAUGAUGAGGAAGACUGUGUGUGAUUAUCAUAUCAGUACUGUUGUCAGGAGAAAUUGCAAUUCAAGGGAAUAGUGUGUGAACCAAAGAUCAGUUGUAAGUGAUGGGUAGGGCACAUGUGGUUAGAUUUAAUUUGAUGAAAAAGAAAAGAUCACUAGUAUCGUAUAGAUACUAGUAUAGUCUCUGCUGACUGACAUUAGCAGCCCAUGGUUAGAACAGGUGUUCUGUCAUUAUAUGCUUUGGUAAGUAAGGGUCACACAGUGGCAGGUUGUAGUUCAGAAGUCACUCCAUAUGGAAAUACAACUGUAUGUUCAUUUUCCCUUACUCUUUGUUGGUGAGGCAUGCAUGAAAGCACAGUUUUGGGACACUCAGUUGAGUAGUGAAUCUACCAACUUCUCCAUCCUACCAGAGCGACAGCUAAGGUGAGAAAUGCUGUGGCAUACAAGGCACACAAUACAUACAACAGAUUCAAAGCAAAACGUUAAAGCUUUUAUGAGUGAAGAGACCUGAACACGUUUACAUUAGAUGCCUUCAGUUCAAUGUUCUGACCAUUUGCAGCCACUCAGGUGGGAGCUUUUGCCACUGCUGGUAUGGCAUGCCUCAACCUUUUAAAUAGAUACUCUGCCUUGCUUUCCUUUUGUGUGUAUGCAUGUGUGUGCAUGCAUGUGUACAGUUGUUUUUUUUCAGAUUCUAAUAUACGUUUCAUUUGGUACACACCGUUUUUUUUCAUAAAUGUCUUUUUGUGGAUGGGAUUUGACCAUGUUUUGUAUUGUGUUUCUUGUUCAGAAUGCUAUUUUUAUUUGCAUUUCUUUGAAAAGAUCUGUAAUUUUCUCUGUUUCUUUUCCACAACAACAUGACUCCAUUAAUUUUCUGGUUCUUACAAUACACCACAAACAAACAAACUCCGUGACUUUAGUCUGCAAGCGAACUAUACCGGCUGAGUGACCGCAGCUUGUUGGCGAAGUUAGUACCAACUCUAGUGGAUAGAGGGUGUCACGUGAUCAGCUAAAGACAUCUCUCCUAGACCGGAGCUGAUACUUUUCUCCAUUCAAGUAGCUCCUCAGUUAUCCUCAUGAGGCUGAGUGGACCCUGCUCCAGACCCACUACUUCUCAGAAA